AUGGCAGCACCCAUCCCCGAUGAGAACAAGGUCAACUACCAGUUCCUGGGGCGGUCAGGACUGAAAGUGGCCAAUAUCUGUCUGGGCUGUAUGACGUUCGGGGAAUCUUCUUGGGGACUGCCUGGCCAGAGCGACGAGGACUUAUCUCACCAGAUUCUCAAUCGUUAUGUGGAAUGGGGAGGUAACUUCCUGGAUACAGCAGAUGUCUACGGACAAGGAAGGUCGGAAACUAUUGUUGGAAAAUGGCUCGAAACGCAACCUCGGGACAAGUUUGUGAUCGCUACCAAAGUUCGAGGAAACAUGGGUACACAGGAGAACGUCAACAACGUGGGACUGAGUCGACGUCACAUUACUGAAGGAAUCGAUAGAAGUCUUCAGAGACUGCACACAGACUUUGUGGAUCUUUACCAGGCCCACCAAUGGGACGCCGGCACGCCACUGGAGGAGACACUGAGGACCUUUGAUGACUUGGUUCGUGGGGGUAAAGUCCGUUAUAUCGGGGUCAGUAACUUCAACGGCUGGCAAAUGGAGAGAGUCGUCAACACGGCCAGGACUUUGGGGAUCAACCCCAUCAUUAGCUUGCAGCAACAAUACAGCCUGGCCAGCAGAGAGUCGGAGUUCGAAGCCUUCCAGGUGUGCAAGUCUGCAGGUAUCGGAGUCCUGCCCUGGAGUCCCCUUAAAGGGGGCUUGCUGACCGGAAAGGUCAAACGGGGCGUGCAGCCCACUGAAGGACGUAUUGGAUGGGCUGCCCAACGUGGCGGAAGAGGAAACUUUACAGAUAAAACAUUUGAUAUUGUGGAGGCUGCAGAAGCCAUAGCCAAGUCAAGAGGUCGAACCACGGCCCAGGUGUCGCUGAGAUGGCUUCUCCAGAGGGACGUGGUGUCUUCAGUCAUCAUCGGAGCUACCAAACUGGCACAGCUUGACGACAACAUGGCCGCCAACGGCUGGUCACUGACAGCAGAAGAGAUGAAACAACUCGACGAUGUCUCUGCUCCAGAAGCGACCUAUCCCUACGAGGGGAUACAGAGACAAAACGGCGACCGUGUUAAUCCUGCACUUCAAGAUGUCUACGUGAGAUCUAUUGCAUAA